CGCCCGCUGCUUGCCUGAAACCCCAGCUGUGCCCGAAGCGCACGGCAAGCCGCACAUUAGAGAAACAACGGGAUCGUGUUAUAUGAAUGAAAUAAAGCCAUGAACAUAUUUAGAUUGGGAGGAAUCUGAAUUGGUACAAACCCGGUACAAUGAGUGUAUCGGUGCGGGCCUUUACUUCUCGCUUCUCGCUGUUCGUCACAUCAGGCCCGCCCCUUGUGCUGGGCUGGGGGUCAGGCGUGCAUUAUUCGGGCACAUUGGGGUUAUUCCUGUGUGUUCCUUACUGCUGGGCUUGGUGUGAGCGGCAAAUAAUGCAUUCCUGCAAAGCCCGAUACUUAGUCUUCUUUCAGUAUUAUGGAACAAAAUAUAGUGGCGUUAUGGAAACACCAGUCACGCAGUCUGUCCUAGGAGUACAGAACUAUUUGGAGAUGGCAGCACAAAAACUCAGGCCGGUUGGCACCGUCAAAUUCUUUAUCUCCAGCCGAACAGACUCCGGGGUCCAUGCAAUCUGUAACUCGGCACAUGUGGAUAUACAAAGGGCAAAUGGGAAGCCUCCAUUUACAGAGGACAUUCUGGUACAAGCCCUGAACCACCACCUGCAACCUGAGCCCAUUAGGUUACUAAAGGCUGUUCGUGUAUGUGACAACUUCCAUGCUCGUCACAAAGCUCUGUCUCGGACGUAUGUCUACCGUGUGGCAGCUGGAUGCAGCCAUUCAGAACUUCCUGUGUUUGAGGAAAACCUUUGCUGGGCAGUACCAGGAAGUCUGAAUGUAGCAGCUAUACAUGAAGCUUCAGAGAUGCUCCUGGGUACCCACAACUUCAGUGCUUUCCGAUCCGCUAAUUCUGAGAAUGUCUUUAAGUCUCCCAUCAAGACUCUGCAGCAGGCGGAUAUUACCCCUUCCUCCGGCAUACUGACACAUCACUGGCAGUACAGAAACCUACAAUUCUGGGAUUUUACUUUCAGAGCCAGAUCAUUUCUAUACAAGCAGGUGAGGAGAAUGACUGGUGCGCUAGUCGCUGUCGGGCAAGGCCGGCUCACACCACUACAAAUAAAGGAGUUUCUGGAGAAUCAGGACCCAAAUUGUACCCUAGGAAACUUUGUUGCUCCACCUCAUGGACUUUUCCUCAAUAAUGUAGAAUAUGAUGAAACUGAACUGAACAACUUCUCAGCUGAGGAGACGCAGUAAUAUUCUACCUGAACCAAGCCAAGUUCCCUGGCCAGUCGGUGCUCCACUCAUAAACGUUUCUUUGCUGCUCUUGUCUGUUGGGAUUUUUUAACUGUAAAAUAAAUAAAUGCUUAUAUAUAUUUUU